UAUCAUAUGCCCCUUCAUGCACUAAACAAAAAAUUUGGUCUUUACAGGCAGAUUGUGGCCCAUCUCGAUGUUUCACCCCACACAAAUGCUCUUCACAAGCAUGAUACAUAUCUGUUGAUCAUGGACUACAUGAACAAUGUCCGAAUUGUAUCUAUGCAGGAUGCUUCAAGAUCCCCAGAUGCAUUGUAUGGCGACUUCAGGUCUCCAAUACUUGACUACUAUCUAUGGCUGAAUCACACAGUUGAUGGCUUUCAUGCUGGGUGUCGUCGAGCUUUGGAAGAAACCCAUGGUAUCACCUUC